CCAUAUCUCCCCCUUUAUAUACCCCAAUUUCCCCCUUCCUAUUUUCUCUCUCUUAAACCCUGUUCAUACUUCAUUUCACAAACACAACAAACAAAAACCCAACAAAAAUAAAUAAAAAUAAAAAUAAAAAUGGGAAUGUUACCGUUGAAAGCAGUGGUUGUAUCAACCGGCGUCGUUUCACUAGCUGUGAUACUCAAACUAUCACUGCCGGUAAUCCUAGACUUCCUCACCUCCGAGCUUCCUCUCUUCUGGUCACUUGCACUCUCAUGGCUCAGACCUCCAUACAUGUACCUUCUCAUCAACUGCAUCAUCAUCUCCAUUGUUGCAUCAUCUAAGCUUCAGCCACGAGGCGGCACCGGAAGUGAGGGAAACGCCGGAACCCUAACUCCGGUGCCGGCGGGAUUCCCGGUGUUGGAUACUGACGAUGUACACGUGGCGGUCAUGGAGGUCGCUAAGGAAGAUGAUGUGGUGGUGUUCGGAUACGUCGAGAGUCCGAUUGUUACUAAAAUGGAUAAACCUGCGAAAGUUGUUGUAGGUGAUGACGUGGAGGAGAGAGAAAAAUUUGAGGAAGGUGAUGAGUUUGUGUUGUCGAAGCCGGUGUGGAACUCGCCGGAGAAAAGUGCGCCGGUGAUGGUUGUGCCGGCGUUUUCGCCAAUGUCUUCGGCGGAGAAACCGCCGUUUUCGGCGAGGUUUGGUCAUCGGAGAGCUGUCAAAGCUAGUCCUGAAGGAAAAGCAGUGCUGAAAGUAUCAAGGCCAAAAAAACAGGAAACACUGGAGUCCACGUGGCGGACAAUAACAGAUGGACGGUCAAUGCCGUUGACACGUCACCUUAAGAAGUCUGACACAUUUGCCGGAGCAUCGCCGGAGGAGUCUCCGGUGAAGGUGAUGAAGAAAUCCGACACUUUCAACAACGGAAGCGGUAGCGCAUCCCCGUCAAGUGCGAGUUCAAGGCUGAGGAGAGAGCCGUCGCUAAGUCAAGACGAGUUAAACCGCCGUGUUGAGGCGUUUAUCAAGAAGUUUAACGAGGAGAUGCGGUUGCAACGACAAGACUCACUUAACCAAUACAAAGUGGUGGUUGGUGGUGGGUCCCACUAGAAACUAAUUUUGGGUGGUAAUUAAAAAAAAUUAAAAUGUAAAAAAGAUAUAUUAAUAAUUAUCUUUUUCGGAUUUAAAUUUUUUAAUUUUUUUAAGGGGUGGGAUUUUGAGUAUUCAAAUGCGAGCUAGGUAAUGCAAAGAUUUCUUUUGCAAUUCUAGCAGGAAAUCAAUUUGGUUUUGUUGGAACCCUGUAAGUAGCUAUGUUUGAUUUGGUUUUAUGGUGAAAAUUACAAAUAUCGGAAUAUGGCAAGAAAUUUUAAUUUAUUAGUGAAAUAAUGUUAUAUCGAAAAAAAAAAAAUUCAAUAAGUCAAUAUAAACAAAUUUGUUA